AUGUCGCCCGAAUCCUGGGCCUGGUUUUACCUCCAACCCGAUCGGGCAAACGUGGGUACCAGCCGAGUGAGACGUGGGACGUAUAUCCUCGGCAACUCCCAAACACUUGUACGAGAUGAGAUUUCAGACGCGUACAGUACAUGGAGAAAGGUCAUCGAUGUAUUUGAACGCCGACAGUGCAUCGACGUUAUGCUGUCGGGCCGCAGGUGCACAUUGAACGUUGUGGAUGACAUUAAUGUUGCGUCAGGUAAAAGCGGAUACCUGGUCGUAGAUGAGAAUACCGGCGACAAGCACUUCGUUACCUUCCGGCCAAGCAAGCGGGGUGCGACGGUCGUAGUCGGGGAGAAAUAG